GAACAGUCAAGGUCCCGUCAGUGAGCACAUGGAUGCGGUGAAGAAGAAUUGGACCUUCCUGUGAAGUGAUCAUUUUGGGGACAUCUCUAAACCUCGUCUUGACAUCAUGAAGAAUUUGAUUGUGGGAUUUUGCAUUGUGGCACUCCUGGCAAGGGUUCAAGUCACAGUGACUCAGUCCACACCAGGCGCUACCACAAAUACCCAAACGCAAACCAAAUCCAUUCCAGCUACAAUGACAUCGGCUGUGACAAGCUCCAUGACAAGCUCCAUGGCAAACACUGGAACUUCUGUCACGACCUCCAUGGCAACCACCCGACCUCCUGUCACGACCUCCAUGGCAACCACCCGACCUCCUGUCACGACCUCCAUGGCAACCACCCGACCUCCUGUCCCGACCUCCAUGGCAACCACCCGACCUCCUGUCACGACCUCCGUGGCAACCACCCAACCUCCUAUCAUGACCUCCACGGCAAACACCCGACCUCCCGACAUGACCUCCACGGCAAACACCCGACCUUCUCCUGACAUGACCUCUAUGGCAACCACCGAAUCUCCUCCUGACAUGACCUCUAUGGCAACCACCGAAUCUCCUCCUGACAUGACCUCCACGGCAACAACAAUGCCUUCUACUGUCACCACCACAACGACAACUAAAACAACCACGCACAGUCGAGGAAGUGGAGUAGUACGUUCGCUGCAGUUGCUCGGGGUCUCACUCUUUCUUAGUGUCGUUUGCACAUGAACAAUGAAAAACCCAAAUCUGCCAAAUUGAUUUAAUCCUAUGAUUUAUUGCUUGUGCUCUAUUUCAUUGCACUUGUGGUACGAGGAUGAUUAAACUAUUUAGAUUCUGAUUACAUUUAUGUGAGUUUUGCUAUGAUAUUAGAAAUUAUUUAAACGCUCCUGUUUAUAAAUGUAUAACAUUUGCGCAGCUUUUUGUUUUCGCAUAGUUGUGAAUUGCAAUAUCCCCAAACUAUUACAUACAAAACUUAACAAGGUUUUACACUCAAUAAAAUUGAAUCAAAGCAUCACUUGUCGAACCAUAACGGCCAAACAAUAGAAUGGAUUGGAAAAAAUGUGGUCAGAAAAACUUCAAUGGUCAAGGAGUAACUAUCUAAGAAAUAAAAUAUUUCUUAAAAGUUGAA